AUGACGGCGCGCCAAUCAACACCAGCGUCUGAGCACUCCCACUCAGAUAGCGGCGUUCGCAAGCGAGUAUGCAAAGCUUGUGAUCGCUGUAGACUUAAAAAGUCCAAGUGUGACGGUGCCAAACCGUGCGGUCGCUGUCGAGCAGACAACAUGCUCUGUGUUUUCGGCGAGAGAAAGAAGGCCCAUGACAAAGUGUACCCCAAGGGUUACGUUGAGAUGCUGGAGCAACAACAAACAUGGCUAGUCAAUGGUCUCCAAGAAUUAUAUCGACGCCUCCUCGAAGGUGAUGGAUGGCGGGGCGAGCCACUGAAAUGUGAACCCAACGGGCAGCCAUUAACACACGACCUACUCACCCAGCUAGGCGCUCUAGACCAGAGCAAACAUGAGCGAUUCGAAGAAAGCACCGACUCCAUGCAGCAUGAAUUAUGGAAGAAUAACGCCGGACACAUGCAGCGCCAGGAUUCUUCAGAUACCAGCUCCGAAAGCGCACACUCACCCGUCGUGCCGCCUCAGUUCUCAGAUCCAUUCGCUGCGCGGACUCUCCCACAAACGCCAACGACAUUACGAAUAGACGUCCCCCAGUCCACGAUUAAGAGUGAACCGCAUAUGACGCCAAACAACCCUGCGUAUGUUACGCCGAUGCAAACCAUGUCCAUGCCGCGUGUGGUGGACCCGUCAGACCUGCAAAGCGUCCAGCUACAGAACACCCAAUGGCCUAGCCCUGGCUUCGGAAACUUUGACGACAUUGAUAUCAUGCCCGCGCAGUAUAGCGGUCUACCGUACGAUGAUUCCAUCACGUCGCCAAUGCUCAACCGCCAGAUGCCAAUGGGCCUGAUCCCAGGUUCAUAUAUGGACAAUAAAAAUGACUUUGAAGAUAUUAACCAAUUCCUGAAUACGCAAUUGGAGAUCACGUCAUGA